AUUGGAUUACGUUAAUCGAGUUUGGCCGACCAAGAGAAACGAAACGGUAAGGGAGUGUAAUGCAAGCGCGUAGGUGGUAAUAGACGCGAGCUGUCAGUCGGCGGACUCUAAGCUUCGGAUCGUGGAGCUUGCGAGAGGCGUGGCCCGUGAGUUGUUCCGCUUCCUGCAAAAUGACGAAAAAAUUCGAAUUCAAUUGGCAGAGGGAGGUGCCAGCCAUGUUAUUAAAUGGCAGUGUCUUUGAUAGAUGGGUCGAGGAGAAGGAAAACACGGAGAUGGAGGCCAACUGUUUAUUUAAAGUUGAUACGUACGGUUUCUUUCUUUAUUGGAAGAGCGAUGGAAAGGACGGAGAUGUAAUAGAACUUGCGCAAGUGAGCGACAUUCGUUAUGGUGGAUCACCGAAAGAUCCCAAAUUAAUUAAUAAACUAAGUAAACAUGGAACUCCAGAUCAAAUAGAUGAAAAGAGCAUAACAGUUUGUUCGGGCAUAGAUUACACGAAUAUUAGCUACCAACACCUUGUUUGUCCAGAUGCAAAAACUGCAAAGGAAUGGCAGGCUGGAUUGCGUUAUAUCACACACAAUACAAGAGCGAGCAACGUUUGUCCUACAACUCAGCUAAUGAAACAUUGGAUGAAGUUAAGCUUUCAAGUUGAUCCGAAAGGCAAGGUUCCAGUCAAAGUUAUAACAAAGACUUUUGCUUCAGGGAAGACGGAAAAGCUCGUGUACCAGGGCUUAAAGGAGCUUGGAUUACCCGAUGGCAAAAACGACAAAAUUGAGCCGAGCGCCUUUACUUUCGAAAAGUUUUACGCCCUGUAUCAUAAGAUUUGCCCUAGAAACGAUAUAGAGGAACUUUUCGGAUCAAUAACGAAGGGGCGAGCCGAGACGAUAACUCUAGAACAGUUGGUGCAAUUUAUGAACGAGAAACAGAGAGAUCCGAGGCUCAAUGAAAUAUUGUACCCUCUGUACGACGAAAAGAGGUGCACGGAAAUAAUUAACGACUAUGAGCGGGAUGAGGGAACGAAAAGCGCGAAAAAAUUGUCCAAGGACGGCUUCAUUCGAUAUUUAAUGUCCGACGAGAAUGCCCCGGUGUUUUUGGAUAAGCUCGAGGAAUGGAUGGACAUGGACCAGCCGCUUUCUCAUUAUUACAUAAAUUCGAGCCAUAACACGUAUCUGAGCGGUAAGCAAAUCGGGGCAAAAAGUUGCGUGGAAAUGUACCGACAAACGCUCCUCGCUGGAUGCAGGUGCGUUGAACUCGACUGCUGGGACGGAAAAACGCCGGAUGACGAAAUAAUAAUAACCCAUGGAAAAGCCAUGUGCACCGAUAUCUUGUUCAAGGACGCCCUGAUGGCCAUAAGAGAUUGUGCCUUCGUAACCUCGGAGUAUCCGGUUAUUCUCAGUAUCGAGAACCAUCUCUGCAUGUCAAAUCAAUACAAAAUGGCCAAGUACUUUGACGAGAUUUUCGGCGAGCUGCUGCUGAAGGAAGCCCUUCCGGAUUAUCCGCUGUACGUCGAGGGACAUCCGUUGCCACCACCGAGCUCUAUGAAGAACAAGAUACUCAUAAAGAACAAGCGGCUCAAGCCUGAAGUUGAAAAGGUCGAGCUUGAGCUCUUCUUAUCCGGCAAGUUCGAAGCUAAAGACGAUGUGGUCGAGGAUGCGAGCGCGGCCGCGCCACCACCUGCCGCCGCCGCCGCCGCCGCCGCCGCCGAAGCGGCACCGGCCGGAGACGCGCCACCUGGUGAGCCUGGAGCCGAGGGCGAUGCUUCCGCAGCGCCCGUCUACACCGGGAGCGCGACGAGCUGCCAUCCGCUCCUCUCCUCCAUGAUCAAUUACGCCCAGCCCGUGAAAUUCCAGAGCUGGGAGGUUGCCGAGAAGAAGAACAUCCAUCACAAUAUGUCAUCGUUCGCUGAGAAUUCCGCUCUAAAUUAUCUGAAAACGUCGGGCGUCGAAUUCGUCAAUUACAACAAGCGCCAGAUGAGCAGAAUCUAUCCGAAGGGAACACGAGUCGACUCGUCCAAUUACAUGCCCCAGGUAUUCUGGAACGCUGGUUGUCAGAUGGUGGCGCUGAACUUUCAGACUCCGGAUUUGCCGAUGCAACUUAACCAAGGAAAGUUCGAGUACAACAACACAACUGGAUACUUGCUGAAGCCUGAUUUCAUGCGGAGACCCGAUCGAACUUUUGACCCCUUCUCCGAAGGUGUGGAUGGCGUCAUUACGGCCUCGUGCUCCGUUCGGGUGAUAGCCGGUCAAUUCUUAUCCGACAAGAAGGUUGGGACGUACGUGGAAGUGGACAUGUACGGUCUACCAGCCGACACCAUUAAAAAGGAAUUCCGCACGCGAAUGGUUCCGGGCAACGGCUUAAAUCCCGUCUACAACGAGGAACCCUUUGUCUUCCGUAAGGUCGUGCUACCGGACCUGGCGGUGCUACGAAUCGGGGUCUACGAGGAAAGCGGAAAAUUGCUCGGUCAAAGGAUUCUCCCCCUGGACGGGCUGCAGGCCGGCUACAGGCACAUAUCCCUCAAGACCGAGGCCAACUUCCCGAUGGCCCUACCCAUGCUCUUCUGCAACAUCGAGCUGUCGAUUUACGUGCCCGAUGGCUUCGGAGAUUUCAUGGCGAUGCUGUCGGAUCCGGGAGCAUUCACUAAGGGAGCAGAAAAACGAGAUGAGGCCAUGAAGGGGCUUGGUAUCGAGCAGACCGACGCGAAGGCUGAGGCCAAGAAGAAAGAGGAAGAGGAGAGAAAAAAGCGAGAGGAAUUUAAGCUACCGCCAUGUAACUACGAGAAUCUAAGAAAAGAGAAAGCCUUCAAACUCAGUAAAAAAGUAAACAAAGAAUUGGAUACUUUACGCAAGAAGCACAUGAAGGACCGGCAAACGAUGCAGAAGAAUCACUGCACCGCUAUCGAGAAGCUGGCAAAAGGAAAAGAUAAAAGUGCGCUUAUUAACGAUGGCAACGUGAAGAAACUCAUUAGCGAGCAAACGACUCAAUGGACGCAGAUGAUGGAGAAACAGCGAAAAGAGGAGUGGGAACUUCAGAAAAGUCAAUUGGAAGCUUCGCGUGAGGAGAUUAAAAAUUGCAUCCCAACCGUUCAAGCGCAGCAGGUUAAAUUGUUGGAAGUUAAGCAUGAAAAGGACAUUAAAGACAUGAAUGCCAAUCAAGCCAAAGUGUCUGCCGAAACGGCUAAGGAAGUGAUGAACGACAAAGCGUUGAAGACAAAGGGUGACAAAGAUAGGAGGCUUAAAGAAAAGAAGGCAAACAAUAUUAAGAAAUUCAUGGACGAGCGUAAAACCAUGGGUAUAAAACAUGGCCGCGAAAAGGAGAAACUAAAAAUUACACAUGAGAAGCAGAUCAAGGAUAUCGGGCCAGAUAUGGAAGCGUGCUUGGAAAUGUGGAAGAAUGAAGCUGCACACCAAGAAAUUUCCUCUAAGAUGGAAUUUUAUGUCUAG